CUCUGCCUCUCGUCCACUUGAUUUUUGCUGGGGUAUAUUUCUUCAGCCUGUUUCCCCAUAACUUUAUUGUUCCCCGUGCAUGAUUGGAUUAUGGCUCACACGUCCCGCCGGUGGUUGUAUGUCCAGGCCAUCUUCUGGCGUUUCCUCAUGCGCAUUGGCAUGUUCAUCCAUGAUGUGCUGCCCCCACGUCCUUCUCGUCCAACCUUUCGCCGUUCCUUUCCCUCGUCUGACUCCGAUCCAAAAUCUGCGCGCGUGCAUCUUCAUUUCUACUGCCCCAAGGACUAUCAGGCCGCUAAAAAAGAGGGCCGUCGUCUUCCGGUAGUCGUCAACUUCCAUGGCGGCGGGUUCACCCUGGGCCACGCCACCGACGACAGCCGAUGGGCGCAAUGCAUCCUGUCGGACGUGGGCGCUGUCGUCGUCAGCGUGGGCUAUCGCCGUGCCCCCGAACAUCCGUUUCCCGCGGCUGUGGACGACGGGGUGCGCGCUUUGCAGUAUCUGGCCGCCCACGCUACGGAACUGGGUCUCGACGUCUCCCGCAUCGCGCUCAGCGGCUUCUCGGCUGGCGGCAACUUAGCGGUCACCGUCCCGCUCCGUCUUCGGGGUCUGCUGAGCCAACAGGACUCCAACACUUCCUCCUAUUCGCAUGUGAUCCCCACCGACUCCUCCCAACACCUCGUGCAGUCCGCCUCCACCGAGAUUAACAUCGUCGCCCUCUACUGCUGGUACCCAAUCCUCGACUUUGAGGAGUCCCGCGACCAUCGCCGCGCCAUGAGCAUUAUGCCUAGCAAGACCCUCCCGGCCUUCUUCACGGACCUUUUCGAUGAGGCCUACCUCCCCGACCACGCCGACCGUCGCUCGCCCUACGCCUCGCCCGUACGCGCCUCGGAUGAGAUCCUCCACGACGCGCUGCCGCACGACAUCUUUCUCUAUAUCUGCGAAUGGGACAUGCUGCUCAAAGAGGGUCAGGCGUUCGUGCGCCGGCUGCAGAACAUCCAGAAGCAUGUGCGCGCGAUGAUGAUCGAAGGGGUCGUGCAUGGGUGGGACAAGUCGCCCAAUCCGUUCCGAGAUCAACUGCGGGUGGAUGUCCUCUACCAGGAGGCCUGCGCCGCCAUGAAACGUAUCUUUGAUUCGUAGCGAACGACAAGACGAAGUGUAGAGUAAACAAGAACCCAAACGUCGUAUCCGUAUACACUCACGCAUGCGCAGACCACAACUUGACUCCGAGACCAAUUGCCUUUCCCUUUAGCGAUGAGCGGGUUUGUAUUCUUUUGGAAGCGUUUGUUGUCUACUUUUUAAUGGGGUGGAAUAUUUGAGUUCUGGGCAGGCAUUGGGCCCCGGCGUCACUUGAAGUUGAUUUUCCUAUGCAUAUAAAUAUGUCCUGCUGCAGUGCAAAGGCAUGGUCCACUGGACCUUUGUAUAUAUCGAAUAUUAAUCAUCUUCCGAUAGUCAAGGUGGGCGGACAGGUUUCGCAA